AUGGGUCAAAUACUUAGAGGGAACGUGGAAGCUUUGGUAACAACACUUUUCGUUACGCUGAACUGCUGGACAUUGUCAUCCUGGAAGUAUUCGCGUCACUCGGUGUCGAUAGGCAGUUCAAGAGAGGCUGAGUCCCUUAGGAAGUGGAACCGUUACGAUUGGAUGGAUUCUACGAGAGCUGUUGCUGUAGAUCGAGAAUGUUCGGCAGAGCUGUGUUCAAGGACUAGACAUCCUCGGCGAAGACGAAUCGGUGAAGGCGAUAGAUCCUGGAUGAAAUAUAUGGGCAAUGUGUUUUAA